UCCUUAUAAAUUUGAUUUUCGUACCGGUCAUCUUCUCCUAAUAUUUUGCGGUCGCUUUCUUCAUCUCUCUCCGAAUCACUUUCUCUCUCUACAACAGUAGAGCUUUCUCCCCUCUAGGGUUUUGAAGUUGAACUUUUACUCACGUUUUCGACGUGUCCGCACCGUGAAUAUUUUCUUUCCGGUUCUCAGACGGCACUCUUAACUUCAAUCUGCUACUUCGCUUGCAUACUGGGGAGGAAAACUUGUGGUCGACUUCGUUUGCGUCUGCGUCUCGAGUUGAAUGAUUGCCAGCAUGGAUUUAAAUGCCUCGCCACAAACAGAAAAAGAAAAAGAUGACGAGACCUUUGAACCACAUUUAGAAGAAGGCACUGCCCCAGAACAUAUAGGAAAUGUAGAACAUACAGAAUCUGCAGUUGAAAUUUACCAUCGGGAGCGUGAAGAAAGACGUCAACGACUAAAAAGAGAGUGCUCGGAUGACAGACCAAUGCAUGCAUCUCAGCCACCUAUGCAUGACCAAAUGUUUCAAGCAAAACGCCAGAGAUUUUAUGAUAAAAAUAAGCUUCCUCCUGGUUGGUUGGAUUGCCCUGCAGCUGGUCAGGAAAUAAAUUUUAUUAUCCCUUCUAAAGUUCCACUUGGUGAUUUUUUUAAUGAUUGUGUUGCUUCCGGUAAAAGAUACUCUGUUAGGCAAGCGAUUCGUCAACAAAGUUUUUUAGGAAGAAAACUUGGGUUAGUGAUUGAUCUUACAAAUACUAGUCGUUACUAUCCAGCGUCAGAUUGGAAGAAAGAAGGUAUCAAGUAUGUCAAGAUUCGAUGCAAGGGGCGUGAUUCUGUACCUGCUAACGAGGCUGUAAAUUACUUUGUCUAUGAGGUUUCACAAUUUCUCGAUUGUCACAAGCACUCAAAGCAUAUUCUUGUCCAUUGUACACAUGGGCAUAACCGCACAGGGUAUAUGAUUGUUCAUUACCUUAAACGUACACAAUCAAUAUCAGUCACUCAGGCAAUUGAAAAAUUUGCCAAAGAACGGCCACCAGGAAUCUACAAAGCGGACUAUAUUGAUGCCUUGUACAACUUUUAUCAUGAAAUAAAGCCUGAACUGGUCAGUUGUCCUCCAACUCCAGAGUGGAAAAAAUCUUCUGAUCUUGAUCUUAAUGGUGAUGCAGUGACAGACGAUGACGAUAAUGGAGGUCCUGCUGCUCCUUUGCAUGAGAAUAAUGAGAUAGAUAUUGUAAUGACAAAUGAUGAUGUUUUGGGGGAUAAUAUACCUUUUGACCAGCAAGAGUCGAUGCGACAGUUCUGCUAUCAAUCACUGAAGCUGAGUGUAGGGGCAAGAGGAAAUUCUCAAUUUCCAGGUUCACACCCUGUUUCUCUUAGCAGGGGAAACUUACAAUUAUUAAGGCAACAUUACUAUUAUGCAACAUGGAAAGCGGAUGGAACGCGAUAUAUGAUGUUAAUAACUAUGGAUGGAUGUUACCUAAUUGAUAGGCAUUUUAAUUUCCGAAGGGUCCAGAUGAGAUUUCCUUGCAAAAACACCAAGACUCACCACUACACGUUACUUGAUGGGGAGAUGAUAAUUGAUACUUUGCCUGGCUCGCAGAAGCAGGAAAGAAGAUACCUGAUCUAUGAUCUUAUGGCAAUUAACAACGAUUCUGUCAUCGAGUGGCCUUUCCAUGAACGCUGGAAAAUGAUUGAGAAUGAAGUGAUUGAACCUCGGAACUAUGAACGCUUUCCAACGCCUGAUAAAAAAGUGAUUGAACCUCAGAAAUAUGAAUGUUGGAAAAACAUGAACCUGAGUAGAAAUCCUUAUUACAGAUACGACUUGGAACCAUUUAGGGUGAGGAGGAAGGAUUUUUGGUUGCUCUCUACCGUUAACAAACUUCUUAUGGAAUUCAUUCCAAGGCUUUCACACGCAGCAGAUGGUCUUAUUUUUCAGGACUGGGAUGAUCCUUACGUUCCCAGAACGCAUGAAGGCCUCUUAAAGUGGAAAUAUAUGAACUCGGUCGACUUUCUCUUUGAGAUGAUUGACAAUCGCCAGCUACUUUUUCUGCAUGAAAGAGGGAAGAAGAAGCUGAUGGAAGGGAAUAGGGUUGUUUUUAGUGAUGAUUCUGACCCCUUGUUGUACUCGGGGAAAAUUGUUGAAUGUUCUUGGGAUUCAGAGAAAAAUGUUUGGGUCUAUAUGCGGACAAGGAUUGACAAAGGAACUCCAAAUGAUUUCAAUACCUACAAGAAGGUGAUGCGAAGCAUAAAUGAUAAUAUCACUGAGGAUUUAUUGUUGAAUGAGAUUCAUGAGAUUAUUCGCCUACCCAUUUAUGCUCAUAGAAUACAGCAUGAUAGCAAAGCCUACCAUCAUCCACAUGGGAAUAAGGCAAGGAUGAUGAUGAGCAAAGCCCACCACCACCAUUCAAAUUUCGUGCAACGUAGGUGUAGGGUGGAGUGACUAUAUGAAAUAUGAUAUCUCCAGUGGAAACUAGUAACUGGAAAACCUCCCAUUCCCCACUGAGGGGAAAAACAGAAAAGCUAAAAAAGUACCAAAAAGAAAAAGAUGUGAAAUUUUUUGGUACUAGAGUUGUUGAGACGAGCAGUAGAGAACUUCUUGGCUGAGUGGACUCUCAAAGCCCACGAACUGGCGGCCAUUAGUCCGGUUGUCAGUUUUCAUGAAGAGUGGGUUACGGGACACCUAAUGAUUUGAGAACUUGAGAUGCAGACUGCCUGUGUGUGUAUAUACUAUUUUUCUGAUUAGGGGGUGGAUGGUGCGGAUCUCUAAUGGUCAAUGUUUUUUUAUAAAUUUCACUAGCUGAUAAAUGCUGUAUAAAUUUGAAGACCCAUUUGCAUCCUUUGAAGGCUUUGGGAAGGUAAUAGAGAUAUUGGUGAUCAUAAAUACAUAUAUAUAUGUCUGUAUGAUACUGCUAAGUAUAUAUGUGUGUGUGUGUGUGUAUUAAACUCUCAUGGCCAUGGAGUUGGUGGAGAGAGCGAGAGAGAAGUUGUGUGGUUGUGGGUGCUGAGAGAGAGAAGGGGUGGCAGUGAUGGGUGGAAAGAGAUAGAGAAGGGUAGUUUUGUUCGUAAAGUAAGUUUUAUUUAUUUUCUAUAAUAUAAUGCUAUCAUAAUGUUAGUAAUGUCUUUUCAAGUAGGUUAAUGGGCAUUUUUGGUCUGUGCAUGCCAAAUUUUUGACAGAACCAACAGUUUUUCGAACAGUUUGAUUCAUGUGUAAUUAACCCUUAGUUUUAUAAAAUGGUCUUGUAUUUUCUUGUAUAUGAUCAAGGUCGGUGUAUUUAACCCUUAGUCUUGUAAGAUGGUCUUAUAUUUUCUUGUAUAUGAUUCAUGAAAAGUUUUAUUAAAUUUUCUGAUCUUUUUCUUCCUUUCGUUUACGUCUCUCCCUCUUGAACUUAUCCGCUAUCAUAACGUACACAAUCUGCAAAGCAUGCUCUUCAAUAUCCCCAUUUGGUGCUAAUU